GAAGCAGUGCCAAUCAUGAUAGAUUGGGCAGCAGCAGCUACUUGUAUCGUUUGACAGAACUAAAUAGUUACCUUGCACUUCAAGAGGAAUGAUUUAAAAAAAAUAUCUACUGACGUCGGUAGACAGCCUGUUUACAUAAUUUUUAUUCCUCAAUCAACAUUUUAAAUACAUAGUCAUAUAUUUUUGAAUCUCCAGUUUCACCAGACAGAUGUGGAUACAGUUCUACAGGGAGUAACACACCUGCAUUAAAGAGGGGGAGAGGAUCCUAAUUCAGAGGACCAGUGGAUGACCUGCCUGCUGUACAGACCAUGAUCUGAAGGCCCCGCCACGUGGUCCCAUUCUUCUUCCUUAUUUCCUGCAGGGGUAAGAGCUCCUAGACCAGCUGCCAUAGACAGGUGGAGCGGAGGGAGAUAGAGAGAGUGUGUACGAGAAAGAGUGCGACAGCCAAGCGCCUAGUCGGCAACAGUGCCCACCAACCACCUCCACAGGACAGCCGUGCCCUCUGACCCCGCCACGCCCCCUGCCCCUCCCACCGCCAGACCGGAACCAUGGGAAGGAAAAAGAUCCAAAUACAGCGGAUCACAGACGAACGGAACAGACAGGUGACGUUCACCAAGAGGAAGUUUGGUCUGAUGAAGAAGGCGUACGAGCUGAGUGUGCUGUGCGACUGUGAGAUCGCCCUCAUCAUCUUCAACCACUCCAACAAGCUAUUCCAGUACGCCAGCACCGACAUGGACAAGGUCCUGCUCAAAUACACCGAGUACAACGAGCCCCACGAGAGCCGUACCAACGUCGACAUCAUGGAGGCUCUGAACAAGAAAGAGCACCGGGACUCAGAGAGCCCAGACCCCGAGGAGCCCUUCUCCCUCACCCCCCACACUGAGGAGAAAUACAAAAAAAUUGACGAAGAGUUUGAUAAAAUGAUGCAGAGCUAUAGGCUGUCAUCAGCCGUCCCACAGCCCACCUUCUCCAUGCCCGUCACGGUGCCAGUGUCCAAUCAGAACGCUCUCCAGUUCAGUAACUCUGGCGGCCUGGUCACCACCUCCUUCGUCACCUCCACCCUCACAGACCCCCGCCUGCUGUCGCCACAGCAACCAUCUCUCCAGAGGAACACUGGGUCUCCAGGGUUACCACAGCGACCGGCCAGCGCAGGUGCUCUAUUAGGAGGUGAACUGAACAACUCCAACGGAGGAUGCCCGAGCCCAGUUCCGAACGGCUACAUCAGUGCCAGGGCCUCCCCCGGCCUCCUCUCCGUCUCCAACGGCAACAGCCUGGGGAAAGUAGUCCCGGCCAAGUCUCCACCUCCGCCCAGCCCUCAGAUGGUGAACAGCCGCAAGCCUGAUCUCCGGGUCAUCACCUCCCAGAGCGGCAAGAGCCUGAUGCAGCUGACCGAUGAGGAGCUGGAGUUGGUGAGUGAGAAUGCUCAGCGGUUAGGUGGUUCUCAAGGGAACCUGUCCACGCCAGUGGUUUCCGUGGCGACGCCCAGUCUCCUAGCCCCCUUCUCCGCCAUGCAGACGACCUACAACACUGAGUACCAGCUGACAAGUGCGGAUCUCACUGCGCUCCAGACAUUCACGCCAUCAGGGCUGCUGCCUAGCAACAUGUCCACCUGGCAACAGCAACCAGCAGUGUCUCAGCAGCAACAGCAACAACAACAACAACAACAGCAGCAACAACAACAGAUUAGCUUGGCGUCACUCAGUAACUUGGUCAUGUGGGGCGCAGAGAAACAGAACGGGGAGAUGGCUAACUGCAUCUCCAAUUUCGCUGCUAACCUGAGCAUGGCCUCUCAAUCAAACUUGCUAUUUGGCAGGGAAGAGGGUCUCUGCUGGCCGGUAGGCCACUUACCUCAGGGCACCAUGCUGACAAUUAACACCAACCCCAACAUCAGCAUCAAGUCGGAGCCCGUGUCGCCCAACCGCGACCGCAGCACCCCGUGCUCCACAGCCGGAGGUGGCGGAGGAGGAGGCCUAGUGACCAUCACAGGGGCCCCUAUGUCAGGCCAGUACCCAGGGGCCCUGCGCCUGGAGCCGUCCACCCUGCAGGGCCGCUCGCCCGUCGGCAGCCUGAGCAGCAACGGCAGCUCUUACGAGGGGGACCGGGACGAUGGGGCCCAGGGGCGGGCCCAGGACUUCCACCACCAGGGAGGGGCCUCCUCGGCCAUGGGGCUCCUGAGGCCCUCGUCCACGCAGGAGCAGCAGGAGCAGGAGGGUGCCAAUGUGAAGAGAAUGAGACUGGACACUUGGGUAACAUAGAUGUGUAGAACAAGGGAGUGAAGGGGAGAGAUGCCCCCCUCUCGCUCACCCCCCCCCACCCCACACCUAUUUACCGUAUGUACAGUAAAUGCUGACCUCCACACAUGCCUCCACCACACACAAACACACACACACGUGCACCGGGCACGCCCAUUUGCGCAUGCUCUUACACACUUUCUCUCACAAUUGUAUGCAUUGACGCACAAGCUGCAUACUGUUUUACCCUAUAUUGUACUACACACACACACACACACAUAUUCUCACACAUGCUCCCUCUAUAGGGGCAGAGUAACCGAACCAGGGAUUACAUGUCAACAUAGUGUGUUGGACAAGAUUAGGAUUAGAAUGAGUUCUCUUUUGUUCAAGCUGGCUCUGUCUCCUUUUCGUUUUGAAGGGAGAGAGAGCGUCUAGAAAACUGACUGAUUAUUGACUGACUAUUGGCUUUGCUGGGUUUUCUGUUUACCCUCUACAUCACAUAAUACACAUCUGGUAUCCUCCUGUCAUUUAUCCACAGUAGGUCUCUAGUCCAGCUGCACUGCUCUGUUGAGAAACAGUAUGACAACCAAAAUGAAUCCACUUCUUUGUAUCUGCCCAGUGGUACUGUUAUAUCCAGCUUUUGGUGUUUUUGUAAAGAGUAUGAGAUUGGUGAAUGAGAUUUAAACGGUUUUGUUGGAAUAUUACGUACUCUCUCUGUCUGACUUGUCCAUCAGCCAUCUUUACAUUUCUAUAAACAUUUCUAAUUUAGAUUUAAGAACCCAAAAUUCACCAUUUGAUAAGACAGGAUUCACUGUUCUAAAGUGGACGAUCCUUGUUUUGUUUAGUUUUAGCCAGGUAUUUAAUCAGAACCAUGCAAAUAGCUGUUUAAUCUCAAACAUUGAUACCUUAUCUAGGUCAAAUACUGUUUUAUCAGGGAUGGGCUGCACUAGCUCUAUGACACAUGCUACAGAUACCUACAGAUCAACUUCAGAUUCUACGUGUGUGUUCCUGUUUUUGAUAUUUAUUUCAAAUGCUCUUUUUGUGUAAAGUUUUUUUUGUUACUACCUUCUUGACUUUUUUAGAUUUUUCCACGCUCAAAUCCAUCCACACUCACACACGAAAAGUAUUUUUGUUAAACAAUGCCAGUGUUUCAGAAGGCUCUGAAUAAGAGAUGUAAACUGGGAGAAAAAGCAAAGAACUGUGUAUAUAAGCAAUUUGUUCUGUUUCCUUCUGUAUGGCUUUUGUAUAGCAGGGAUAUAGUUUUUUUGUGGGUAAACAUAUAUAUAUAUAACAGCAGCGAUAGUAGAUUUUGAGAGUAAGGGAUGAACUGCAUACGAUGCAGAGAAAACGAUAGGGACAGGGAUUGUAUAUAGAAAUAUAUGUUCACAUAUGUUCAGCAGGAUAUCCCUAAAAGCCAAUGUGUUGAUUCUCAGUGGAUCUGUCUUUCUAUUUGUGUGUACAUUAGUGUACUACCUUGCAAAGCCAAGUGAGGGUGCUAGAGGGACAGAAUGGAAAGUAGCAGUGGAUUGGACUGUUUGAGUGAGCAGUGGUUAGUACUCUGAUGGAGCGCACUUUAACCCCUUCCUCCCCCCAAGCCCCCAAAAUGCCCCCUCUCUUUAAAAGCCAGGUGUCCUCCAGAAUGGGACAGUCAUGUCUGCAUGUCCUCAGGCACAUCAAACUCAUCCAACACACACAUACAAACACAUUCACACACAUUAGCCAGACAAGUAUCCCUUGUGCUUUAUGUUAGACGAGAGUACCUCCCUGGCCACAUUAAUUAAUUACAGCAUUUCACUCGCUCCCUACCCGUGACUUAAAAGACAAGUCCAUCUCACUCUCAUUUGACCUCCACCACUAUCAAUUUUCUGCCAAAACGGCUCAUUGCUCCACACACUCAAACACCAUACUCACAUAUACUCUGCACUCUGUUCAAAUGACCUCACAUUGGCUCUUUAUUGUUUUAUAUCGUUGUAGUUGUUGCUGUAGGGAUUGUGCAGCCUGACUCUUCAGGAGUCUAGACGAUCGUCUAGAGACGGAUGACAGAGAGAGAGCUAUCACGACUGCCGGCAUGUUCGCACACCCUUGGACUGUAAGACUGUUGUGUCCUAAGCUUUGAACAAAACAUUGACCCUGAUGUUUUUUUUUUUUUUUUUCAUAAAAAUGGUAGCUAUGUCUUGAAUAGGGCCACACGCCAUGAAGCGAUGUUUCAUAA